GUCAAAGUUUUUUUUUGAGGUUAGGAAAAUCUUAAUUUUGUGAGAGUCCCCAAAAUAAAUGAAAACAAUGUGAAAGAAAAUCUUGUGAAAUUCAUUAAAAAAUCAGGGAAACUGCAGUGAAAAGUGUUUGUUUGACAAUUGAAAAAGUCACUUGUGAGUGCAGGGAAACCAUGAAAAUGCCCUGCUGGUACUACGAGAAGAAAGAUCUGCGGAAUACGCCCUCCAUCAAGGAUGGAAUUGAUUUUGACACGGAGCGACGUUACCGGAAAGAGGGGGCUCGCUUCAUAAUGGAAUGCGGCACAGCUAUGGGUUUGGGGCACAACACCAUGGCCACGGGGAUUGUCUACUUCCAUCGCUUCUACAUGUUUCACUCAUUUCGUACCUUUCCGCGCUACGUUACGGCCUGUUGCUGCCUCCUGCUGGCCGGAAAGGUGGAGGAAACCCCGAAGAAGUGCAUGUCAAUCAUCAAGACGGCCAAGGGGCUGCUGUCGGAGCACAAAUUCCUGUCAUUUGGGGAAGAUCCAAAGGAGGAAGUUAUGACACUCGAACGGAUUUUGUUGCAGACAAUCAAGUUUGAUCUACAGGUGGAUCAUCCGUAUGGGUUUCUCGUGAAGUACGCCAAAUGCUUCAAGGGUGACAGCACAAAGCUACAGAAGAUGGUGCAGAUGGCGUGGAAUUUCGUCAAUGAUUCCCUGAGUACGACGGUGUGCCUUCAGUGGGAGCCCGAGAUCAUUGCUGUGGCCCUCAUUCAUCUCGCCAGCAAACUCAGCAAGUUCACCGUGACCGAUUGGACGGGAAAGCAGCCGAAUCAUCUGCGGUGGUGGGAUAUGUUCGUGGCGGAUGUCACGAUGGAAAUUCUCGAGGAUAUCUGCCAUCAGGUGUUGGAUCUCUACCAGCAGGCCAACAAUAGUGCAUCCCUCCCCGAUAGUCCACCUCAGCUGCCACCCAGCAAGGCCAGUCCACCCAUGAAACGUGCCCAUUUGACGUCUCCAGCCACUAAAAUUGAUCCCUCGGGGACAAUUGGCAAAGUCAGCGACGAUAAAAUCGAUUCCGGAGCUCCCAUUCCCAAAAUUAUCUCCACGGACAACGUGCACUACCCCUACCCACCCGCCUAUGCUCCCAUGUACUCCCAUCCACCACCCUAUAGUGCUCCAGCUCCUCCACAUCCCGCCGUCCUCCCAUCAUCCUCAUCCGUCUAUCCGGCAGCACAAUACCCCCCGGCUGCUGUUCCUCCACACUACUCAGCUCCUGUGCCACCAUUGGUUCAUCCACCAGCUCACACCUCAAACUACUACCAACCACCCCUUCCCGGGCGACAACCCUACUACCCACCACCCACGUAACCUCCCCCUCAAUGUAAUUUGAACCUUUUCAAAUGAAUAAAGAAAAAGCCUCCAUGUGAGAA